CACUAUCUAGAUCGCGGCAGAUGGGCAAUGACUGUACCAAAAUUGCCCGUUCAGCUUCCCCACGGGGACAGAUUGCGGGGGAUCUGCUCAGCGUCCCUCCACUGACGACACCCUGCGUGCCUCAUGCUUACUUGGCUCCUCCGGAAGUCGCACCGAGGGAGCUGUGCAGCGCAACGUGCCGCUUGACCCCAAAAAAACCCUAAAACCCCUCAACAUCUGGCAGGACGGUAGUAGGGGGUUACGUCUGUCAAUGCCAUCUCUUCAUCUCCGUCUCGCCAAACACCAUGCCACCAGCAAGCGGCAAGAUCUCCCCAGCAAACCGCAGCAGCCGCGGCGGAGACAGCAUAGCAGCAGACGCAGGCAGCAGCACGCCAGAGCGCAGACGAAUGCGCAACCGCAUGUCCCAGCGGGCCUUCCGCGCACGCCAGACGCUACGCAUCCAGGAGCUGGAGAAGCGACUUGAUGAGCAAGCUCUGCCGGACGAGUCGACUUUGGUGGUGCAGUUGCAGGACGACAAUGCGCGGUUGCGCGAGCAGCUUUUGGGUGUCCACAAGAAGGCGCACAGUUUGCAGAUUUCGUUGAGGGGUUUGGCGGAGGAGGCUGCGAGGGCUUUGGGACUGGAUCAGGACAUCUCAAGUAUUGAUCGGACAGGAGUCGAGCAAAAUGGCGGUCCAGAGAGUCAAACAUUGCCGUUGGAGACGACCUCGCCCUCGGAUACCACGGUCGAGCUAGAUGCUGCGUCGUGUAUGCGGUCCAACACCCUCCCUGGUGGCAGUGAUUGCAUCUUUUCCGACGUGCUACUUCGCGAGCGAACGACAUUCGGUAGUGAGGAUGCUUCAGUACGAUGGCCCAACCAGUCAAACUCUGCUCCUGUGCUCGACUGUUUCAUAGACACGCUUGCUGGACCAGACGACCCAAGCUUCCAGAUGACAGCCGUAGAUCCGCCGGCUCUACAUGUUCGUGCACCACACUAUCCUCUGGAAUCUCUUUCCGGGCCCAGUAUUGGAUUUGAUCGAUACAAAGAUCUGCUGGACCGAGCUGCGGUAAUUUCGAAUGCUCCGCAAAUCCUGAGACGUACGAAUUCUACGUUUUCAGACCAUAUCGAUGCAUUCGAAUCCAGUCUAGCAAGCCAAUGGCCUCAACUAGGGCUCAUACGAGCUGCUGAUCAACAGUGAGUCGUCAAUACAUGCCUGCCAUUCUCAUGCAUAUCACCACUGACCAACUUUGCCGUAGACUUCUUGGCGCCAUCGAGUUCAUGAUUACCGCGUUCAUCAGCGUUUCGUGGAAGCCGAUGAUCGCGUGGGAGACAUACACCAAAAGCCUCAGCGCGCUCAAAGAUCUGACGGCCUGGCGGAUGAAGCGCACAUUGGACAACUGGCAGAACGUCGCUCCGCAGUAUCGGCCAA